AAUUUUGGUGAGAUUCCAGAUGUGUGUGAAUGGCCUGCAAACCUGAAAUACCUGAAUCUCUCCAGCACUCAAAUUCCCAAAUUAACACGUUGCAUUCCCGCAACUCUUGAAGUGCUGGACGUUAGUGCUAACAACCUGCAGGAUUUUGGUCUGCAACUGCCAAAUCUGAAGGAGCUGUACCUGACAGAAAACCAUCUGAAGACCUUGCCCGAAGCUGCAGGCAUUCCUAACUUAGUGGCCAUGUCGAUCAGCAGAAACAAGCUCAACAGCUUCUCCAAGGAAGAGUUUGAGUCCUUCAAGCAAAUGGAGCUGCUGGAUGCCAGCGCCAACAACUUCAUUUGCUCGUGCGAAUUCCUCUCCUUCCUUCAGCGUGAGGCAGGGAUAACCCAGGCGCUUGUGGGGUGGCCAGAAAGCUACAUCUGCGACUCUCCGCUGGCGGUGCGAGGGGCACAGGUUGGGAGCGUGAGGCUGUCGCUGAUGGAGUGCCACCGGUCCUUCCUGGUGUCUUUGAUCUGCAUUCUGACGUUCCUGUUCAUCCUGAUCCUGGUGGUCAUUGGGUACAAGUACCAUGCGGUCUGGUACAUGAGAAUGACCUGGGCAUGGCUCCAAGCCAAGCGGAAGCCCAAGCGAGCCCCCGCGAAAGACGUCUGCUACGACGCCUUUGUCUCCUACAGUGAGAACGACUCCAACUGGGUGGAAAACAUCAUGGUGCAGCAGCUGGAGCAGGCGUGUCCACCCUUUAGGCUGUGCCUCCAUAAGCGGGACUUUGUGCCCGGGAAGUGGAUUGUGGACAACAUCAUCGACUCCAUCGAGAAGAGCCACAAGACGCUCUUUGUGCUGUCGGAGCACUUUGUGCAGAGCGAGUGGUGCAAGUACGAGCUGGAUUUCUCGCACUUUCGCCUCUUUGACGAGAACAACGACGCGGCGAUCCUCCUCCUGCUGGAGCCCAUUCAGAGCCAGGCGAUCCCCAAGAGGUUCUGCAAGCUGCGCAAGAUAAUGAACACCAAGACCUACCUGGAGUGGCCUCCUGAUGAAGAGCAACAGCAGAUGUUUUGGGAGAACUUGAAAGCAGCUCUCAAAGCCUAGAUAGGAUCAUUAAAAACUGAGUCCCUAGCCAUCCUCUUCUGGAUUUAUUUCCAUUGCCUUUUUGUGCCUUUAUCUAGCUGUAUCUAACAGAGGUCUGAGCUACUGUAAUUGCUGUUACAUGCUUUGAAAUUGUACUAUUCUUGUCUCUGUGAUCGUGACUUUUCUAAGCAUUUUAAUCAGCAUUCUUACCUAAAGCAGUUUUGU